GGCGCUCGCCAGUCCGCCAUGGCACCGCAGCUGGGCUUAGCGCUCGUUACCGUGGCGGCAGCCUCCGCAGCCCUGGGGCUCAGCCUGCAGCGCGCUGAGUCGUCGGAGGCGGCGGCCCUCGCCCUCCACAGACCGCCGCCGGUCGGCAACGCCGUCCACCUGCGCUUCCGCGAGACGCCCGUCUGGCUCGCCUGCCAGAUGCGGGACUCCCCCGCCGACAGGUUCGUCCACCACGCAGCCGCUGCCGACGACGACAACGACACUGCCUCUCUGCCGGACGUCGUUUUCAGAGCCUUCGAUACUGGCACCAGGUACGAGUGCCGGUUCGAGGCGAGCGAGGCGCAGCGGGCGGAGCUGCGGCAGCGCGAGAUGCUGCACAUCGGCGUGGGCAUCGUGAUGAUGAAGUACGAGGACGAGAAGUGGUUCUCGGGCGACCUGCCGCCGUUCGACUGCACGACGCGGCGCAGCGCGCUGCCGCGCUGGCUGUUCGACCUGGAGGUGCGCCGGCCGCCCGCCGCCGAGGCGGAGGCGGCGCCCUGCGCCUGGAAGCGCCACUACCCGCGCGGCUGGCGCGGCCUCGACGCGCUCGCGCCGCUCGCCGUCGACUUCCCGGACCUGCCGACCGUCGCCUGCGCCAUGGCUCCGCCCGACGACUUCUCGGCCGGCACCGUCGCCUUCACUCUGCCGGGCCUCGCCGACCCGCCCUUCGUCUGCGUCUUCCGGACCUACCGGGACUUCCCCGGGCUCGUCGAGACGCAGCUGCAGCGACAACUGGACGACCUGCAGCGGCGGCUGCGCGCCUCUCAGGAGCCCCAGGGAAACCACGCGGUCCGCUGCGAGCGGGCAGGGAAUGGCGAGCCGUCCUCUCUCUCCAGCAAGGCCAAGAGGGUGACUUUUGUGGUACGGGCCGCCGGUGGCUACACCGCUCGGUGCAGGUUCCGGGUGUCAAAGGUAAACUGGACAGGUGGACAGAAUAUGUCAAAGAACUAUUUGAAGACACAAGAAAAGAUCAAAAAUUUUAUGAUAACAUGA